AUGCAAACCGACCCAUUGGCAUUUCUGACCCCGCAACCGCUCGUGGACAUUCUGCAGCCGUACUGCGAGAAAAUCGGGUUCAAGUACCUGGCUCCCCAUGUGCAUGAAAUCUUUCUGGCCUUCUCCUUCUACCAGAUGUUGUUUCUGCUGUCUGGCCAGCUGAGUCCAAUCAUCUGGGGCAAGCAGCUCCGUAGUCUCAGCGCCAAAAACCGCAUCGAUUUUGACAUCCACAUUGUGUCGCAGUUCCAGGCGUUCAUUGUGGUGCCCCUGGCGUUUCUGUGUUUCAACGAUCCCAUUCUGAGCGCCAACAUCAUCACCGCAUACACUCCGUGGACCGGCUUUCUGGGCUCGCUGGCCACGGGCUACUUCGUCUGGGACCUUAUCAUUUGUGCCCGGUACGUGAACCUCUUUGGCGUGGGAUUCCUGCUUCACGCAAUCUGCGCUCUGUUUGUGUUUGUGCAGGGCUUCCGGCCCUACGUCAUGGGUAUGAUGGGCCAUUUCCUCAUGUUUGAAAUGAGCACUCCAUUUGUGAAUAUGAACUGGUUCGUGUCACGUCUUCCCAAGGGCACGUUCCCUCCUUGGUUUGAGGCUGCCAACGGAAUCGCCCUCAUGACCGUCUUCUUCGGCUGCCGAAUCAUUUGGGGAAACUACUGGUCCUAUGUGACCAUCACCAACAUGUGGAAGCCAGAGAUCCGGGCCCAGUACCCCAUCUGGCUGCCAGUUCUUAACACCACUUCUAACUUGACCCUGGUGUCGCUCAACUUCUUCUGGUUCUCCAAGAUGAUUCGAAUCUUGUUGAAGAAGAUUAACGGAAGCAAGAAGGAUGCCAAGGUCGACGCACAUAAGCUGGAUUAG